CCGCGCGGUCGAGCAGCAAGAUGGAAGCGCUGGAUGAAUUUGAGAAAGAAGCUGGAUGCGUCCCGAUUCUGCAUCCUGAGGAAAUUAAACCCCAGAGUCACUAUAACCAUGGCUACAGCGAGAGCGUUAGCCGCAAGAGCCAUGUGGACGAUUACAGCACCUGGGACAUCGUCAAAGCCACCCAGUACGGGAUAUUCGAGCGGUGUCGUGAGCUGGUGGAGGCCGGGUAUGACGUGCGUCAACCGGAUAAAGAAAACGUCACACUUCUACACUGGGCGGCAAUUAACAACCGUGUAGACCUGGUCAAGUACUACACAUCUAAAGGUGCUAUAGUGGACCAGCUGGGAGGAGAUCUCAAUUCAACACCACUCCACUGGGCUACAAGACAGGGCCACCUCUCCAUGGUGGUGCAGUUAAUGAAGUACGGCGCAGAUCCAUCUCUGAUUGACGGCGAAGGCUGCAGUUGCGUUCACCUGGCCGCUCAGUUUGGACACACCUCCAUAGUGGCUUAUCUCAUUGCUAAGGGACAGGAUGUUGAUAUGAUGGAUCAGAACGGCAUGACCCCUUUGAUGUGGGCAGCUUAUCGGACACACAGUGUUGACCCGACACGGCUGCUGCUGACGUUUAAUGUGUCUGUGAAUCUGGGUGAUAAAUAUCAUAAGAACACGGCUCUGCACUGGGCAGUACUGGCAGGAAACACCACAGUCAUCAGUCUUCUGCUGGAUGCCAACGCUAAUGUAGACGCACAGAACAUCAAGGGGGAGACGCCGCUGGAUUUGGCCAAACAGAGGAAGAAUGUGUGGAUGAUCAACCAUUUACAGGAGGCCAGACAGGCCAAAGGUUACGACAGCCCGUCGUACCUGAAGCGACUCAAAAUGGACAAGGAGUUCCGGCAGAAGGUGAUGUUGGGAACUCCAUUCCUGGUGAUUUGGUUGGUGGGAUUCAUUGCUGAUCUGGACAUUGACUCGUGGCUCAUCAAGGGUGUUAUGUAUGCAGCUGUGUGGCUUGUCGUACAGUUCCUCUCAAAGUCUUUCUUCGAUCACUCCAUGCAUAGUGCUCUUCCUCUGGGCAUCUAUUUGGCCACCAAGUUCUGGAUGUACGUCACCUGGUUUUAUUGGUUUUGGAACGAUCUGUCAUUCGUCACCAUUCACCUGCCCUUCCUGCUAAACAGUCUGGCUCUCUUCUACAACUUUGGAAAGUCUUGGAAAUCCGACCCUGGCAUUAUCAAAGCCUCUGAGGAGCAGAAAAAGAAGACUAUAGUUGAAUUAGCAGAAACAGGUUGUCUGGAUCUCAGUAUAUUCUGUAGCACCUGUUUGAUACGGAAACCCAUCAGAUCAAAACACUGCGCCGUGUGCAAUCGAUGCAUUGCCAAGUUUGAUCACCACUGCCCGUGGGUAGGCAACUGCGUAGGAAGUGGAAACCACCGUUACUUUAUGGGUUAUUUAUUCUUCCUGUUGUGUAUGAUCUGCUGGAUGAUAUACGGCUGCAUUUGCUACUGGAGGAUCCACUGUGUGACCAGCUACACUAAAGACGGCUUCUGGAUGUACCUCACUCAGAUCGCCACCUGCUCGCCGUGGAUGUUCUGGAUGUUCCUCAACAGUGUGUUUCACCUCAUGUGGGUCGCUGUGCUCAUUAUGUGCCAGCUCUACCAGAUUGCUGUUCUGGGCAUCACAACAAAUGAGCGAAUGAACGCCAGAAGAUAUAAGCACUUUAAAAUCACAGCCACGUCCAUCGAGAGCCCUUUCAAUCACGGCUGUAUGCGGAACCUUAUAGAUUUCUUCGAGUUGCGUUGCUGUGGUCUGCUGCGACCAGUGGGGGUAGACUGGACCUCCCAGUACACAAUAGAGUACGACCAGACGUCCGGCUCAGGAUACCAGCUGGUGUAGCGCGGUGAAUGAACGACAGAGCGUCAGAAGAAGAGAGAGAGAAGUGCUGCUCACCGGGACCAUCUUCACCGAGAGACUACAAACCUCACCCAGUCAGGAUUUGCAUGCUGUUAUUGGUUACCGUCACCAACUGACCUGACCCGACUCCACCUGACCACUGCACCCGCCCCCCUGCCAUAGACAGCAUUAUGAGACGCAGGGUCGAGAGGAACAGGAAGAGGAGGAGUUUAAUGACAUCAGCGGCAUGCAGCGCACUCUCCUCAUUUGGUCGGAAGAGUUUUUUGGGAUUGUUUUGCACAUCGAGUGCUUUUCCGUUGCGUUCGUUUUACAGUUUUCGUCUUGUGGCCUCUUUUCUGUUGCUUUUUUUAAAAGUGAUAUCAAGUCUUCAUUUAAAUCCUGGUUCAACCUGGAACUCUGUAUAGAAUUGAGAUUCAGCAUAGCAGAAGUGGAAGUUGUGUGGCAUUUUGACAGCUGUUAAAGGGAUAGUUCACUCAAAAAUGACAAUUCUGUCGUCAUCAUGUUGUUUCAAACCCAUAUGACUUUCUUCUGUGGAACACAAAGCAAGAUGUGGUGAAGAAUGUUCAAGCUGCUCUUUUCCAUACAAUGAAAGCAUAUAGUGACCAUAAGCUGUCAAGCUCCAAAAAGUAUCAAAAAUGUAGUCCAUAUGACUCAUGAACUACUUUUGUGGUACUUUUAGAAGAAAAAUAACAGCAUGUGGUUUUGAAAUGACGUGAAUGUGAGUAAAUAAUGAUUGAAUUUUCAUUUUUGGGUGAAUUAUUCCUUUAAGCUGCCUUGAUUCACCUAAUCAUGAUUCUAUAUGAUUGCCUGAAUUUACUGAUAUUUUGGAAUGAAUCUGAUCAAAACAGACAUCAUAUAGUCACAUGACUAGAGAGAUGCCCUCUUAAAUAAUGUGACGUAAAACAUAUUUAUUUUAACCUAUUUAUAAAGUAUUUUUCAAAGAGUUAAGUAUGGUACCAUGUGGUCAUUUUACAUGUUUUCAUCAUUGCAAUUUAUACAUUACAGCAUAUAUGUACAUAUGCAGCAUGUUUAAUAGUUUAGGUGGGUGACAAAUCUCACAGAACCUGUCAAGAAUAUGCCCAGGUCACAUUUCACUCGAAAAUCAGAAGUAUGAAACAAAAAUAUAUAUUUUGCGUUAAGAAAUGUACACUAUUUUAAGGAGCGUUAAGAUUUUUUUUUUUGCAUUGACAUUUUUUGUCAUGACAAUUCAGCACAUUUUCCCAUAAUUCUCUUUACCCUAAUGCAAAAAAAAAUACAUAUAAAGUUUUUCAUUUUUAAAGUAUUUAUAAAUUAUAGUGGUAUUUGUUGUACUACCCUUAUGCUGAUUUAAAUAAUAAAUGAUUGACUUAUACAUUUUAAAAAUACUGUAUUACAGUAAUGAGAAUCACCAUAUCGGUAAAGAGAAUUUUGAGGGGAAAGUUGAUUGUUGCAAAAAGAAAUGUUACAAUGCAAAACGUCUUAAUGGUCCCAAAAUGGGCUUAAAUUGUUUUGUUUUUUACUUCGGAUUUUGUGAAAUUUGACCUGGCCUUAUUCUUGGCGGAUUUUGUAGGAUUCACCCUGGUGCCCAUAGAUUUGACAAGAAAUAACACACUUAUAUGUGAAACUCAUAUUUAUUAUGUAUGUGUAGUUUUAGAAAGUUUAUGCAUUUAAAAUGCUGUGUUGGGAACGCCAUUAAGUGGACCUGAUAGCUGUAUAAACUUAAUGGAAGACGUUGUUUAAUAUGAGAGCCUGCGAUGGGGGUGACUUCCAGUUGUUUUAUAGUUUUUUUUUAUUUUUGGUGGUGGCGACAUUUUUGUCUGCCUAAAACAAUGCACUGAUAUUAUUUUUAGUUUUGUUGUAACUGCUGAAUCAAGCUUGAUAUUCCACCUUUCCGAGGAAUCUACGCAUUUAUGUAACGAGGAAGCUCCUCCCCCUUUUGCUCUUCUACGUUUCCUCUUCCUGUUGGUGGAACGUUGUCAUAGCAGCAGCAGCCGACUGGAUGAACUUGAUGUAAAGAAUGUGCAUCUGUACAUAAACGAACUAGAUUUAUUUCUGUGAGUGACUUUUGUUCGUUUUUAUUUUGUCCUUGUUAGUUGAAGCUGCUCUUAUUUUUUUUUAUUUUUUUUUUUAAUCUUACCAAAAAGCAGAAAAAAAAAAAAUCAACUAUUAUCCAAGUGUAUGACUGUAGCUUUUAGUGGCGUCUGGCACUGCUGUGUAUAAUAGACCUUUUACCCUGCAAGUCUUCACUGCAUGUGUAAAACCUGGACAUGGGGCUGUUACCAUAGUGACCAUCCCUCCCAUCCGAGAAACCACCCCACGAGCCAUGCAUCUGUAAAUAUGAAUGUUCAGUAUUUGCAAGUAUGUUUUAUGUUGUUUUUUACAUUUUAUAUCCAAUUCACAAAACGCGAGCAGAAUGAAUUUGUGUAAAUAAUUCGUAAAACCAUUUUUUGCGUAAUUUACGUAAGAAAAUGUUUAGGAAUAUUAUUGCGUAAAUGAUCGCAUUCAAAUCGAUGUGAUAAAAUAUGUAAGAAUGGUUUUACAAAUGUUCUUGUGUAAAUUAUCGCAUUUAAUUCGAUGUGACAAUUCACGUAAGAACGGUUUUGCAAACGUUCUUGCGUAAAUUUUCAUGUUCAAUUCAAUGCAACAAAAUACGAAAACGAUUUUACGAAUGUUGUUGCGUAAAUUAAGUAUGGACAGUUCUACGAACACGUAAAUAUUUGCAUUCAAUUCAAUGUGACAAAAUACGAAAGAACAGUUUUACGUAUGCUCUUACAUAAAAUAUCACAUUAAAUUCAAUGCAGCAAUUUACAUAAGAACGGUUUUACGAUUGCUCUUGUUUUAUAAAUGAUCUCGAGGAAAUUGGUGCAUUUAAUUCAAUGCAACAAUUUACAUAAGAACAGUUACAAUACGAAUGUUCUCACGAAAUUAUCACAUUGAAUUCAACACAACAGUUUUCACAAUAAUUUACACGAACACUCGUGAAACCGUUCUUAUGUAAAUUAUUUAUUUCAAAGCGAAAAUUUACUUAGGAAUGGUUUUACUUACAUUCUCGUUUAAAUUAGCGUAUUGUAUUCAAUAUGACAAUUUUCACGAUAAACUGCUCUUGCGCAAAUUAUUGCAUUCAAUUCAUAGCAACAAUUUACGUAAGAACGGUUUUACGAAUGUUCUUGGGGAAAUUGUUGCAUCGAAUUCAAUAUGACAAUUUACAUAAGAACAGAUUUAUGAAUGUUCUCACAAAUUAUUUCAUUCAAUGCGAUGCAACAAUUUUCGCGAUAAUUUACGCAAACUUUCCUUAAACUGCUCUUGCGUAAAUUAUCGCAUUCAAUUCAAAGCGACAAUUUAAGUAAGAACAUUUCUAUGAACGCUUUCACGUAAAUAAUCACAUUCAAUUCAGCAAUUUACAUAAGAAAUGUUUUAUGAACCUUCUCGUGUAAAUUAUCGCAUUCAAUGCAACAAUUUUCGCGCUAAUUUACACAAACUUUCCUAAAACUGCUCUUGCGUAAAUUAUCGCAUUCAAUUCAAAGCGACAAUUUAUGUAAGAACAGUUCUAUGAACGCUUUCACGUAAAUAAUCACAUUCAAUUCAACAAUUUACAUAAAUGUUUUACGAACCUUCUCGCGUAAAUUAUCGCAUUCAAUUCAAUGCAACAAUUUUCACGCUAAUUUACACAAACUUUCCUAAAACUGCUCUUGCGUAAAUUAUCGCAUUCAAUUCAAAGCGACAAUUUAUGUAAGAACGGUUUUACGAACUAUUUACGCACAUUCGUUCUGCACGUUUUGUGAAUCAGACCUGAUGUGUGUAUCGUUAUUGCGUGUCCCUCAUGGUCAGUGGUCGCUCGCUAUUGAUCGAUCAGAUCUUUGCAGAUGUUUUAUGUCUGAGUGUUCCAUUCUCGUUAAUUAAUAUUAAAAUCUAAAGGGUUUCUUUUUGUAUGUUACAUCACUGGGUUUGUUGUACCACUGGAUGUACAAAUGGUAAAGCAAAUGCCAGAGAAGUAGACGUAAGAAACGCAGAACUCUCAUGCUGUAAUUGAAGACGGUGCAUCGUGAUGACAUUGUCUGAAGUGGAUGCAACGCAUCACCAGUAAUGGACGUAAUCGGUGGCCCGUACUGUAAUAUCUUAAUUAGGCACAGUAACAGUCAUUUAUUAGGAUGAAAAUACAUGUGACACUGUUUUUAGAAUAUAUUCACUCUGUUGUUCUUAUGCCUUUAAGAUUUGGCUGUUUUCUCACCCUGUGAAAGCACAUGCUCAUCUCCAGUGCCUCAGCGGAAAUCAGGACGUCACCCUACUCUGCUUCAGAUGUUAACUUAUUGGGCAUGGUUCAAUUUUAAUGGCUUUAUUAAUAAAACAUUGAAAGGUGAAA